UAUCCCCAGUUUUCUGUUAGUUGUGGCACUUCUCCAUAUUACACCUUGAAAUGUAAUGUAGCUAUCAUAGUUCACUUCUGCCGCGUUGUUCUGAUAAAAUAAUCUAAAAUAAAACCAGCCAUUUGGUGAAACUUAAUAUGCAAUACUUGGGAUGUGUAUUCGGAUGCAUUUAAAUGCCGGAUAUUUACUCGGAGGAAACAUUAGCUUACGGUAACGAUAGAAACGGUGCCGUGGGGGUGUUUGAACUGAAACUCUAAAUAUUUCUACCCGAAUAGUGAUAGCAAGAAGUAACCCGGUGUGUCUAAAGUUCAUAAAUAAGUCCGUCAGUUUGUCUUUGAGGCAGGAACAGCUGGGGAUUCCCACAGAGGAGGGAGCAGAGGCAGCUCCAGUCCACCAGGUGGCGGUAGAACACUGGGUUUACCGCUGUGUGGAAAGGAAGAACAGGAUGAGGUUCGUUUCCAGUCAGCUGGACGUCCUGAGAAAAUCUCUGGGAUUUAGUUAGUUUCAUUCGCUCCACAUUUUCAGAUUCACGGUCCAAACAGCACGAGUCAGUCGUGCCAUAGAACCGAACCGGGCGGCUUCGAACCGGUUCUGAACAGCAUUUGGAACUGGAGCAGACUGACUGGUUCAGAAUCCAGAACGUUCUUUCCUGCUCAGAAACACCAGCCGUUUUGGUCCCGUUUAGAUGUGCAGUUUCUCAAACUUCCUGUUCAGACAUGGCGAAGCUCCGUCACUGCUGCACGGUCCUCUUGCUCCUCUUCACUUCCGUCUCGGCUCACAGUGACUUCUUCACUUCCAUCGGACACAUGACGGACCUUCUGUUCGUGGAGAGGGACCUGGUGUCUUCGCUGAAGGACUACAUCAGAGCAGAGGAGGACAAACUGCAGCGAAUCAAGCGGUGGGCGGACAGGCUGGACGCGCUCUCGACUGCCGGUUCUCAGGAUCCCGAGGGUUUCCUGGGUCACCCGGUGAACGCCUUCAAACUGAUAAAGAGGCUCAACACGGAGUGGGCGGAGCUAGAGAGCCUGGUGCUGACUGACGUGUCGGAUGCGUUUGUCUCCAACCUCACCAUCCAGAGGCAACGCUUCCCCAACGACGACGACCAGACCGGAGCGGCGAAAGCUCUGAUGAGGCUCCAGGACACCUACAAACUGGACACGGAGACCAUCUCCAGCGGACGGCUGCCGGGCUCGUCUUCGGUGGCCACGACGAGCAGCGUCCUGACCGUGGAAGACUGCUACGACCUGGGAAAGGUGGCGUAUUCCGACGUGGAUUAUUACCACACGGAGCUGUGGAUGGCCCAGGCCUUAAAGCAGCUGGAGCAGGGGGAGGAGUCCAGCGUCGUGGACGCCAUCGCCAUCCUGGACUACCUGAGCUACUCCGUCUACCAGCAGGGGGAGCUGGAGAGAGCGCUUGCGUUCACCAAGAAACUUCUAGAACUCGACCCGUCACACCAGCGGGCCAACGGGAACCUGAAGUACUUUGAGUACCAGCUGUCCAAACAGAAGAAGCUGGAGGUCGACGACAACGACGAGGAGCGGAGGAUGUGGAAGGAGAACCGAGGUCGCCGUGACGACUACCUGCCAGAGAGGAAGCAGUACGAGAAGCUGUGUCGGGGCGAAGGCGUCCGGAUGACUCCCCGCAGGCAGAGCCGCCUCUUCUGUCGCUACUACGACAACGGCCGGCACCCCAGGUUCGUAAUAGGACCGCUAAAGCAGGAAGACGAGUGGGACAGCCCUCACAUCGUCCGUUACCACGACAUCGUGUCGGACAGAGACAUGGAGAAGGUGAAGGAGCUGGCCAAACCCAGGCUCCGACGAGCCACCAUCUCCAACCCCACCACGGGCGUCCUGGAAACGGCCCAGUACCGCAUCAGUAAGAGACGGGCCACGGUGCAUGACCCUCAGACAGGCACACUGACCACAGCUCAUUACAGAGUCUCUAAGAGCGCCUGGCUCGGAGCGUACGAGCAUCCCGUCGUGGAUAAAAUCAACCGGAGGAUCGAGGACAUCACGGGGCUGGAUGUCAGCACGGCCGAGGACCUGCAGGUGGCCAACUACGGAGUAGGAGGGCAGUAUGAACCUCAUUUCGACUUCGGACGGAAAGAUGAGCCGGACGCGUUCGAGGAGUUGGGAACCGGGAACCGGAUCGCCACCUGGCUGCUCUACAUGAGCGACGUGCAGGCAGGGGGCGCCACUGUCUUCACCGACAUCGGUGCUGCUGUUCAACCAAAAAAGGGCUCGGCGGUGUUUUGGUUCAACCUGUAUCCCAGUGGAGAGGGGGACUACAGGACCCGACACGCCGCCUGCCCGGUACUGCUGGGAAACAAGUGGGUUUCCAACAAAUGGAUGCACGAACGGGGACAGGAGUUCAGAAGGCGCUGCGACCUUCACUGGACCGAGUGACGCUCGUUUAUCUUCUCCUCAUCCCGUUCUUCUGGCACUUACUGAGAAACGGAACGCUUCUCCUCUGAUCUGAUGCUUUUUACUUUAUCCAGUGUGUGUGUGUAUGUGUGUGUGAAUAGAUCAGGGAGCUGCUGCCUUAAUUGCAUGUUCAGGUUUCAGCUGGUCCUCAGGUGUGUCUGGAACAAAGAACUCCAAGCGCUCUCCUGUCAUUAAAUCAAUCCAGUCCAAUCCAAACAUGCUUUAAAAUUAAUUUAGUCAAUACUAAAAAGUUUUGGAACAAGAUGCUUUGUUAAAUGAAUCAAGUUGCUGAAUGUUUUUUGUUUUUUUUACUUGUGUCACAGGACACUGCUAAUGCUAGUUAAAGUGUAUUAAGGGUUGUAAUUAACUUAAGAACAUUAUCAUGGAUCAGCCUCAUGAGAAUUUAGUGUGGGAACUCGUUCAACUUCCCUGGUAGCAGGUAGUUGAUGUUGGACAUGGGUGCUAUUCUCACCUUGACCACCAGAUGUCAGUAAUUGAGACACACUGACCCUUUAAUGCCAGAACAAGUAAAAUAAUAUCCCGUCUGCUCAGAGCUGAUAGAUAGUUGGACACAAAAUUGCUCCAUUUGGGAUAAAAAAGAAAACAUUUGGAAUUUCCGAGUGCACCUUCAAUCUAACGGACAGCAGGGGGCGACUCCUGUAUUUGUGACUCCAGAGGCAGAACAUUGAGGGUUCCUGCUCGGCGUUCUUUGCUCUACGUCAGACACUGAACGAAUCACUAACUCCAGACAAGAAACACUCGUUUGCCUCCUGUUACUCCUUUAACUCCUCAACUUCUGUGACUGUUACCUUGACAACCACUCCAGAGUAAGUGCAGAACCUCUCACCUCAUUGAUGAUGUGCUUACCUCAGACAUUUUAGUUAUUGUUUUUGAUGAAAAAACUACAUAAUGCAACGGGCAGAGUGAGAGCAGUGAAUGGGUUAAGCUCCGCCCACUGCUCACCAACAGUUUGCACACUCCUCAUUGAAUAAAUAGUAAACUUUAAAACAACCAAUAGGAAUUUUAUUAGGGGUUUUAUAGAUCGGUAUUUAUAAUGUUGGUGUGUGUUAAUUGACUGUUUCUGACUGUAUCUCAUCUUCUGGUGCUUUACUUAGGAUGUUUGAGAUCUAAAGAAGUUUUGAAUCAUGUUAGUGCGCCAGUCAGUGAAAAACAUUUUCCCCACAUUUACCCACCCAUUAUGACCAGUUCAGCCUGCACGUCAGUGACUCUGCAGGAACAGAUAAAAAAAACAACCUGAUCACUUGAGUUCUGAUUACAGUAAAGAUAAGGUGCUGAUGUUGUAUGAUCUAACAAAAAGAAAUGUAAGAAUCCCAAUUUUUGGCACUCUGAAAAUGUUUGGGUUUUUUUCCAACAUCAUUUCAAAUGACCCUGUUUGAUUUUCAACUUUCCAUAUUAUUACUUAUUAGGUCAGUUUGAGUGAAAACAUUCCUGAUUUGGUCUAUAUAUUAAGCAUCCUUUGCUUCUGACUGGCCCGUUUACAGGGUUUCUUUCAGUAGUUCAAAUUUAAGACCUUUUAGAAGGAAAUUUAAGUCCUAUAGCUCCUCAGAAAUAUCCAAAUUUCAUCCAGCCAACUGCCAAUAAAUUACUAUAUAUAGCUAGCUAGCUAGAAAGGGUUAUGCUAGCAGUGAGUUACCAGUAACCUUAAUGGCCCAGCAAAAAAAAAUAUGGAAUAUAGGAAAUAAAUAGUCCUGCUAAGACAGCAUUUAAGACAUUUGAUUCAUGUAUUUAAGGCUUACUUACUUCUUUUUAAAAAAUGAAUUUAAGACAUUUUAAAGGCCUUAAUUUUCCUUUGUAAAAGAUAGAACUAUUAGCAAACUUGCCAUACUGGUUGUUUUAUGGGAACUUCAAUACCAGAAUACACCAAGUUAACUCUGUGAGGCAACUACAGAUCAGGUGUGUGUAAAUGCUUGUUAUGAUUUUAUUUGAUAUUUUUUAUCAUCCAAGUGAUUUUGCAAGAAAAAUCUGUGAUCAUUUUUGUGUAUCUAUGAGAGAACUGUGAUGUAAAGAUGAUGUUGAUAACGUAAUGAUAAUGUUCAACAUGAAGUGAUGAGAAUAAAGUAUACAUUUCUGCAGAAACACAGA